CAACAGCAUGCUGCUAUUAAUACUACUUACAAAUUUUCACGAAGGAAGAGCGACAGGACGAUAGCAUGUAGUUCUAUUAGAUAGACAUGGCCAUAAAAAAUGCUGUGCACUGAGCCCGUUCUCCCAGUACAUUGCCUCAACUCUUGAUCUUCUGACGACACUAAAAACUAAUCAAAUGCCGUUCGUAGAAGCAAACGCAGACUAUUUCUCGCUGAGCGCGGACCAGCGAAGCCUGGAUGCGACGUUUAACGGGCUGCUGGAUGACACUUCGGUGCGGAAAUUGUGCAAGAGCCUGCCCGCGGAAAGCAGCAAGCUAGCGCAGACGGUGCAGGGAGGUACAAUUGAUAUUGUUCCGUUCGGAGCUAGUUUUUCGCUUGAAACGAAAGUGUGACAAUGCUUUCAUUCAAAAAAAAUCUAAACGAGUUAAAAUUUUGUGACGGUUCAACGUCCCCAAAAGCAAAACCAAAAUGAAGGCCAAAGCCUGCUACUGCUACAUGAGAUAUAUUUUGUUGAAAUAAAAACAGUCUUCGAUUCGACCACCCCGGAUUCCGCGACCGACGAUGUCGGCAAGCAGGCCAGCGACUCGUUGCCGCACAAAAUGGAGCAGUGGGUGGAUUUUUUUCUCCGGUCCCUGCGCGCCUGCCCGCGAGCGAGGGACUACGCAGACCGGAUGACAGAAGACUUUCUGCCCGCGUUGGUGAGAAAAUGUUUGCACAACUACUUGAAAUUCAGUUUAAACUACGGCGAGCCAGUUCCUGUUUCAUCUUCGCAAAACGGUGGAAGUAGUAGAACUUCUGGAGCAGCACAGAAUAGUACAACCGGGAGCAGGUCCAUGCGGGUGAAUCCGUCACAGAAGGAGGUUGCCGACCUGGUAGCGAAAAUCCUCUAUCAGUACAUAUGCAUUGCAAAAGUAUCGUACUAGUAGUAAUCGCAUUACAAAUUGGCUCAGCAUGACAAAUGGAUGCUGUCAUGCUGUUUCGCCUUGGGAUGGAGAUUUGUAAUGCAUGACUGCGAUUACUACGAGUGCGAUACUUUUGCACUGGAUAGUACAAGAAGGACAGCAAAUCGUUAUCCGGCGUUUCCGAGGCGGAGAAGUUAUUCACGCAAUUGACCAAGCUACCCGUCGCGGUGCCGCCGAUCGUGCCCAGCAGGGCUGCAGCAAGUCAGAACCCGAGUUCUACUUCUCGUCAUGCAGCGGUGGGAGCAGGCACAGCAGCGGCAUUAAAAAGCAGCAGUAGUAAAGGCAGCUGCGACAGUAGUAAAGACCAGGACGGCAGUGACAUUGCCGGAACUACAAAAAAUCAGAACAGCAAAAUAAUCGCCGAACACAUUCCGAGCUUGUACCAGAAAUCAGUAGAGGUGAGGGCCAGCGGGGAGGAAUUUACCACCUUUGACUUCAAGCAAGUUCUGAAAGACUACAAUUUGUCUGAGGAUUUCAACCAUGCACAGGUAUACUUUUAUGACCGUAAUAAUAGGUCUUUUUUUUUCACCCUUUAUCAUGCAGCUUUAUUCAUUUUCUACUAUCUUCAAUCUAUUGUAUUGCUAAAAAUAAAAAAGUAGAACCAUAAACCUUUAUAGAAUUUGCAUGGUUUCGCAUGUCCACAAGAUUGCAGGAUAUGCUCUUGUUCUUACAAGAACCUAUUCAACAUCAACACGCCAGAUGUCCCUGCUUCGCGACUUUUUGAAGAUCAACGACGACGGGCGCGAUUUGAACGCCGUUGCCCAGGUCGUAUGCAUUGCAAAUAUGUCUGGGUCUGGAAACUUGUGAUGCAAGAAAGCGAAUAGUGAGCACACUGUAAUGCGCUCCCCAGCAUGCCAAGUUUUUCCGUGGUUCAGAGAUGCGUUUCCCGCAUGAGAAACUGCGUUUUUGCAUGCCAGACAAGAGGACCUCUUCGCGGACACGCAAUACAGAGUUCAGAGUCAUGCCCCACUAGCAUGACAAGUCUCGCAAUCUCCCAGACCCAGACAUUUUUGCAAUUCAUAGGUCGCCGUGCGGAAUAUUUCCUCCACGGAAUAUUUGAACCAGCUGGAGGCGGGGGAGAAAAAUUUCGCAAGGGAGCAGCUGCUAUGAAAUGCAAAAGCAUCGUACUAGUACAAAUCGCAUGACAACUUCCCUCAGCAUGAGGAAUGAAAUUUGUAAUGCGGAUUUCCCUAUAAGAAAAAGAUUUGUAAUGCAUGGCUGCGAGUGCUACGAGUACGAUACUUUUGCACAGGAUAGCUACAGGAGAACGGGCCGAACCUGCCGGAGUUCGCAAACAUUCAAGCAGAUUUGGUAUCCUGAGCAAAAACGUCCCCACCCCAGAGUCAAGAUGGGGGUUUUGCUACACAAAUCAACAGCUUUCGACUGUCGCGCAUGACAAGUUUGUGCUCGCAGUGCAAUCGCGCGUAGCUAGUGCAGCUGCAUCACAGAUCGAUCCGCUUAUCCUGAUUGUAGCAUGACAAACAAACUGCCAGACCGCAUUAAGAGAUGCUUCUCAUGGGGCUGCGCAUGAGAAACAUGUGAGGCUUGCAGAUUUGCAUGACAACUCUGGGGUCGGGACGUUUUUCCUUUGGACAUUUGGAUUUGGAAAAUUUUUCGAACCAAGCGACUUUGGAUGCGGUGCUGCACCUAUCAAAUGCAAAAAUGUCUGGGUCUGGAAGUUUGUGAUGCUAAAAUGUGCAUGAUGAAAUCACUUCCUUAUGCAGCAGAGCAUGACAAGUUUGCAGAACGCUUUCUCAUACGCCCUCCGCAUGACAAAUUGCGUUUUUGUAAUGACAAGAGAGGCUACGCCUUUUGUUAGUCAUGCAAUACAGAUUUUACAGGAAUGUAAGGCCAGCAUGACAGGUUGCAAUCUUCCAGACCCAGACACAUUUGCAAUCCAUAACACCCCCGGGUUUCGAAGCUGCAGUUUUUGAAGAAAAAGUUGAAAGAACGGGCAAAGAGAAUUUUAGUCGCAAAAGCGAGCAAAUUGGUGGAGGGGAAGAGGAGCAGCGCCGCGAAUGGUCAGGGCAGCGGCACAGAAACAUCUACAUCAAAUGGGGCAACAACUACUACGGGCAACAGCAGGAACAACAAUACCACCGGUCGCGGCUCAUCUGCAGUACCACCUCGGUGCAACAUUAAUUCGAGUUUUUACCGACCGAAUGCGGAUCCCGUGCCAAUGUCGGAACAGAAGGAGAAAUUAGAGGAAGAGCUGCAGGACUGCAUGACCGCCCAGACGGCGUUCCACCAUUUGAACAAAGUGUUGCUAUGCAUUGCAUCGCACUACAUAUAAAUUGCGUUUACAAAUGAUUUGUAUGGGUGCCGGGCUCGCGCCUCUUGCGCUUCCCAUUGACUGGCCGGAGCGCGGCGCCGAGGAGCCGGAGCGCAAAAGUCUGCGCACACCAUGCGGAUAUGGGUGCCGGGUUCGCGCCUCUGUUUCUUCGCAUUGAUUGGCAGGAGCGCGGCGGCGAGAAGCCGGAGUGCAAAAGCCUGCGCACAUCAUGCGGAUAUGGGUGCCGGGUUCGCGCCUCUGUUUCUUCCCAUUGAUUGGCAGGGGCGCGGCGGCGAGGAGCCGAAGGGCAAAAGCCUGCGCACGCCGUGCGGAUAUGGGUGCCGGGUUCGCGCAUCUUUUUCCUCCCAUUGGCCUAGUGUCUUGCAAAGUAGAUUCGUAGCGCGGGUUUGCCCUAAGGUAAGAAAAUAAAGGCGCGUGACGCAUAAACGCAAUCGGUACGAGUGCGAUGCUUUUGGCCUGCAUAGUUGCUCCACGCAGCCAACUACGAAAAUCCGAACAACCCCGAGAAACUUCAAGCGAUUCAGAAGGACCGGGAGCAGAACCCGUUUUUGGCCCGAUUUGAUGCUGAUGGGGACGAGGAGAUGAUGGGUGUUCCUGACUACGACCAGUUGUCUUCAUCUCUAGGCGGUUGCACCACGACACGACCAGCUGAGAUUAGUACCAGCUCUUCUACCUCCUCGACUUCUUGCAAAGUCCUCAGUUCCAGCACCAAUGACGCGCUGAUUGAGAUUCGGAAAUACCUCGGGGAGAACUUCGGCAAAACGAGCCAGACGAACGAAAAGGGUUUUGUCUUCGACACAGAUUACCUCUACAACGCGAGCUCCCCCCGAACAGUGGGUAAUAUGAUGGGUAAUAACAAUGCGGUCGGAGCAGCAAGUGAUAUGCACGCCGAUCAACACGGAAGUGAUAUGCAUGCCUCGGGUGGCCCGCAGCCGCCCACGGAACAAGUGGACAGCUACAGACCCGCUGGGAAGGCGGGGAUGUGCACGCUUUUUUUCGGAUACAACGAUGUACUUCCGGAAAACUUUUUCACGCCGGGGAAAGCGGCGCUUGUGUCAACCUCUAAAAAUACUACUCCCGAUUAUAGUAGUGCGGAAAUAAAUCACUAUCAUGGAGUAGAUAGCAAAAAUUCCGGCCAACAGGAAGAACUCGAGAGUUCUACUGCACUCUUCGACCGCAUGAAGCACGAUUUUUCGUACCACUUUUCCGAGCCGGAAGAGAAACGGAAGCUGGAACGUAAUGGGGGAAUUGAGAAGAUGUUAAACGACAAUUCUGAGCAAAUACAGCAACCGGGUGGAGUUCUACCUCCUACAAGUGCGGGCGUUUUCUCCUCCACUGGCGCACAGAACAGCAACAAUCUCAACUACCAAAAUAUCAACCAGAAUCACCAAUUUCUUCCCUCGCCGAGUAGUACGACGACCCCUCACCCAUUAACCCCCCCACCCCAGCUGCCGCCCCCGACCACGUUGUUUCAACAAAACCAACCGCAUGGUUCUUUCGCCGGUAAUAAUGCUCAACAUGUGGCCCCCGCCCCGCCCGGUGGAAAUCAAAAUCAAAAUGCAAGUGACCUGGUGCAAAAUAAAGCCCAAUUAUCGAAUUCGAAAACUUCCUCUACCAUGAGCAAAAGCCCGCCGCCUCUGUUGCCGCCGCCGCUGCCGUAUCCCGUGUAAAAGUGUCGUACUCGUAGUAAUCGCAAUCAUGCAUUACAAAUCUCCCUCUUAAGCUAAACCCGCAUUACAAAUUCCAUUUUUCAUGCUGAGGGAAUUUGUCAUGCGAUUUAUACUAGUACGAUGCUUUUGCAUUUCAUAUGCCGCCCGUGAAGACCGCAGUGACGCCGGGAAGUGGAGCAGGAGUAACUGGGCCUACAACAUCCUCGAAAAAUUCUAUCCCGACGAGUGCUGGCGCGAACUUGUUUAGCACGGCGCCGAACGCUGCUGCAAACACCGGCAGUAGUGUCUCAGCCCCGGUGCUGCCCCCGACCCUGCCACCGACGUUGCCGCCCACGCACUUGCUGCCGACGCCGACUGGACCACAGCCACCGUUCGGGCCUGGAGCUGUAGGGAGCGCAGCUGCUGCGGGAGCUAGUAGUCCACCCUUGCCACCUCCGAUGGCUGCGGCAACUGUGGCGAGAACUGGUGCACAACAACAUCUACCCGGGAGUACAGCGGGUCAAAUGGCAGCUCCGAUGGGCGGAAUUAUGAACAACAAAGCAACUACGGCUGGUUCAGGUCAGAAUCCGAAUGCAACUGGCCUCGCGUAUGAACUGCAAAAGUAUCGUACUAGUAUAAAUUGCAUGACAAAUUCCCUCAGCAUGACAAAUGCAAUUUGUCAUGCUGAUUUGCCUUGGGAACGAGAUUUGUAAUGCAUGACUGCAAUUACUACGAGUACGAUACUUUUGCACAGGAUAUCGCGGGGGCCGGAACAACGGGCCGGUCCACUGCAGGCGCGAAUCAGAGCGCAACUACACAUAUCAAAUGCAAAAAUGUCUGGGUCUGGAACGUUGCAAGACCUGUCAUGCAGGUUCUUCAUAACCCAUGAGGUCUGGAAUGCGAGACCCAGCAUGACAGAUUCUUUCAGGUCUCUAUAAUGCCUUUCCUGCAUGAGAAACUCCCUCUGAACUUGGUCAAAAGUGGACAGCUUUUGGUACUCGUCACGCAACACAGAUUUUUGCAUGAUUCAGAUUUAGCAUGACAAGUUUCAAUCUUCCAGACCCAGACAUAUUUGCAAUGUAUAACACAACAUCAGCCGGUGGAGCGGCUGAAGGAACGGGUCCGGCCAACCCCGAUUUUCGACCGCCCACCGCUGCUGGCUGUUUGUCAGAAGAGUACGGUGUAAGUAGGUGGAUAAGGAUUGUCACGUGAAAGAAAUCCACGAUAAUUUCGACGCAAGAUAUUAGGAAGGGAGAGACCUUUCACGUCGGGAUGGAACACCACGACACGACUACGUGCCAGAAGUCAAUCGGAACUUUUACUCGUCCUGUUUUUGCUACAAUACUGUUGUUUAACAUCACUUCGUGUGGGUCGUGCGUAGGUAACCUUAUUUGGGUUCCACCUCCACCUGGUUCUUUGAGGAACCACAACCACGAACAAAAACAGCAAAUACCAUUUUUUCAAACUAUCACAACCGACGACUUUUUCAACAGCUUGCUCGGCUAAGAAAAACUGAUUUAGCUUUUAUUCAACACGGUAGAUGUUGUCAGAUUUUCACUCAAGAAGAAACUGGAUAAAGUCACCCGACUUGUACGGAAAUGAACACAAAUACAAAGCAAAGCCCAUAUAUAAAAAUCUAUUCAUCUGCUAUAAUUCUCCUCGUUGAAGAUUCCGCUCAACAGCCUCGUCCGGAAGUUGCACCCGAGCAAGAGGCUCUUCGUCUGCGGGAAUUAGAAAU